AUGUCUUACAUGACAAACGAAGAAGAAGAGUGGCCCAGGGUGGCUAGCUGCUCUAGAGAUGUUAAACAACUGACAGCGAUGCUAAGUUGGUCGCUGUAGUUAGAGAGUUAUCAAAAAGUGUCUCAAAGCUUACAGGAGCUGUUGUAGGGCACGUCAAAUCUCCACCUGGCCGGUGUUUAGGGUUAGCAAACCCGUCAAAGGUUACAGGCUGUGCGUCUUUCAUAUCUGUCAUCAACUGGUUAGCUAGCAUUAGCCGGCUAGCUGGGAAGCUCCUGAAAAGUACCGUCAGAGCCGCUUGUUUCCUACAGUCAUGUCUGCGGCCGGAGACUUCGGAAACCCGCUCAGAAAAUUUAAAUUGGUCUUUCUCGGAGAGCAGAGUGGUAAGUUUGACACUAAUGAUAAAAGUUAAAGGUAUUUUGUCUUGUGGGUGUUAGCUUACGCUGACAUUAGGUGACUGGGAUGGUGAUUAUCGCUGGUUAGCAUUAGCAGCGUAGCUUUAAACUUGGCAGAGAGGUAGCAUUGCGACACAGUAACUUGUUACUAACUACAUGUCCACGUCGGCUCCGUGGAAAUGAAGUAGGGUUUCUUCCUGUUUUGAUAUCCUGACAUGUUUCUGUUCACAUUUGGCUUGAUGCGAUGACAUGAUGUGGGUUAGUUACAGCCUGCACAAAGUUAAGUUUCAUUCCUGCCACAUAGUCAAACACGAAGAUAAACACUGUAUCUUGACUCUAAAAAUCUUGUUCACCCAUAAAACACGCUGACUUUGGUUCCAGCAUUAUUAUAAUCAGAGCCAGGAUGAGGUAGUUGAGCUGAUCAGUAUUGAUGAUGUCAUUUUGAGUCAUUGUCCACAUGAAUAUUGCAGUGAUUUCACACUCGGAUCACUCCUCCACCCUCGGGGCCUCAAGGAGAGGUAAAGGGUUCACCCCAAUUUCAAACCUGCUUCGUGGCAUUCCUGCUCUCUUGCUACCCAUUAUCCCUUCUCCAUACCAAAUAAACACAGGGUGUGAUUGUGUGAGAGGAGAAUGAAUAGAGGCAGGGAAAGUUUUGAAGCAUACACCCUUUAUAUGUGACAAACACGUUUUUAUUUAGGAGGCUUCAGUUGCUAUAAAAAGUUCAUCGACAAUGUUUAAAUGCAGAAAUUCAAGUUGUCCUAUGUCCUGUGAGGACGUUGUUUUAACUGUUAAUGAAGCGUACUAAAAUAAAUACUGAAGCCUCGAUAUAACAAUAGCAAUCAAGACCGUCAGACACAGAAGUGAUGAUUCCUUUGCAGCUAUUUUUAAUGCCUGAAUGUGUCAGACAGAGUGAUUUCUAACCCACUUCAUUCACAGCCUUUUUCCCAUUUUUAACAGCGAAGAUUUGAGAUGAAAGGUACUGUACAUUUGAACUUUAAUAACCGGUAGGAUUUAUGUUUAAAUCUCUUAUUCACAUGGCCAGGAUAGAAUUGUGCAAAGGGGGCACAAAGAUCAACACAAGCUGGAUGUACCAUGUCCUACAGGAUCUUUAAUGUUUGCAUUUUCAUCAGACAGUGUACAAACAGGAUAAAGUCAGGUAUGGAGAGAGUUAAGACAACAUGGAAAAGGCUGCAGUUUCCACGAAACAUCAAAGUGUAUUUGUACAGCUACUGUGUCCUGAUAUGUGUAUCCUCUCUCACUUCAAGUCAAAACAGACCAUGUGUUUUUCUGAGAGUAUAUGAUUAGUUAAUACACCUUAUAAGAUUGUCAACACCACGGUUGUUGCUUGUCCUUUCAUCAUUUCUUCAUGCACAGUGUAACUGAUAUUGUAACCUAAGCUCAGCUAAACUGUCUGGCGCUGGGGAACACAGUGCGCCUGAGGAAAGCAUACCACUGACUCUCUGCAGCGAUGAUUAACAUCAGACAUAUAGGCAACAUUCAAAGAAAUUUGGCUACAGGUUGAAAAAAAAGUGGGGUAAAAAAACAGGAGUGUUCCAACCGUAAAGAAGCAUCAACAAUCCUCAAAGCUGGUCAGUGCAGAUCAUGACAUGUUAAAACAAAACAUUUCAUAUUGGUAACAAAGGAGUAACCUGGUUCCCAACCUGACUUGUCUCCCAGCAUUCCUCAGAACUCAAACUUCUCCUGCAGUACUUAAAAAAAGAUCAUGCACCGCACCCUCUUCAUGUAGAAUAACUUAAUCUUUGCUGCAUCUGCAGCCCUUAGGGUAUAUAUACCUCUACUGUUAGCUCUUGUAUUUUCAACCUUUUUGAUAGCUCACAGUUGGCAAAUCCACCUUUUCAUACUAGUGGCGAACAUGUAAUAUUGUUAGCAAUUUAAGGCACUAGGCAGGCCUUAACAUAGUGUGAAGCAGAAGGGCCCUUCAUCAGAAACCUGGUUUUCAAAGUGAAAUAAGGCUGUUUACAGUAUUGUGUUUCUUAUGGUUUUAAUCUGUUGGAGCUAUUUAUUUGUUUAGUGCUGUUAAGUUUAGUAUUUCUUUUUGUAGUUAUUUAGUUUUUGUUUAUUUAGAAUUAAUUUAUUUAACUUUAUUAUUAUUAGAUUUUUGUUAGUAUAUCUAGUUUAUCAUUUGUUAUUUUAUUUUAUUUAGUAUUUGUGUUUAGUUUCAUUUUGGCGCAUUGUGAGCACCUGAAGUUAUAUAGGUAGGUUGCCAGUAGGGGACCAGCAUGCACCUGGGUGGGCUAAUGGUUUUUAACCGGAGCGGGAGAGACAAGGAAUUUUUCUUUGCUCUGUGUUUGCUUACUUUUUGGUUAAAUAAACCACAUUUUUCUUUGAGCUUGAGUUUUGCUUGGACAUUAAGUUUUUCCCACCCACGUACAACACAGCCCAUGGUGCAAUAGUAGCGUUUGAUUCGUUUAAUUUGAAGUUUGAUUUGAAACUUUUGUUUGGUUGACAAACAACAUAAUCAUUAAAUCUUUCACAUGAAACUACACUGCUGCGCUCCAACUUGAAUCAGAGUUAAAUCAGGGUCUUUGGUCGUUUGGAUUGGUCAGCAGACAAAUAAGUUACCAUUUUUGAUUUGCCCUACAUUCACAAAUACACAUGGAUGUAAUUAUUAUUGUAAUUGUUUUUGGAUGAUAGCAACUGAAGUAUGGUUUAGAGAUUGUGCUGACAGAGUUUUGUUGUUUUUGUGUUUUUCUUUAGUGGGGAAGACCUCGCUCAUCACCAGGUUCAUGUAUGACAGCUUCGACAACACUUAUCAAGUGAGACAAACACCUCUCACGUGUUAAACCCGAAGUGAUAGUUGCAUGUAAUUACAAAACAAAUGGAGUGAUGUCUGUUCUCUUUUCUCUAAACUUCUGUUUACAAUUUUCAGGCCACAAUAGGAAUAGAUUUCCUGUCGAAAACCAUGUACCUUGAAGACAGAACGGUAAGUGUGUUUCACAGUCCUUGAUCUAUGGUUGUUCUUCUGUCUUUGUUGAAUUUUCUACACCUGACUAAAAAAACAAGAGGUGACUCUGCAUUGAAAUACUGACAAACUGUAACUGAACUAAAAUUUUCUUCAAGAGUUUUGUGUAUUACAUAUUUGCUCUCCCUCCAAUGGUUCGAUGGAUGCUGUACUCCGACAAUGGUCUUUCCUUUCUUUCUUUGUUUCUCCCCUCAACACAAGCUCUCUUCUUUCCUGUCUUCCCCUCCAUCUCUUCUCCUUAUUUCUGUUUUGAAACUGAACACCUUACUUGAUCAAGACAGGAGGGUUAAUGACAAGUGAAGGGUGAUUAUUUAUUUAUUUUCCCCUCCAGGCCCAGACAGCUUCUCUCUAUGGUGGUUGUUCACUACCUGCAUGCCCUCCACUCUCUCUGUCCUCUCUCUUUCUCUGUUUUUCUGCAUUUGUCUGUCUUUGCGUUCAAUUUGCUUUGUUGUCACUACAGCUUACCUCCAUUUCUUACCUUGUUUUUUCUUGCUUUAUUUUCAUCCUCUCUGUAUUGUUUUGUUUUGUUUUUCCUCUUCUUUUUAUUCCUCCCUUCCCCUUCCCCUUCCUGCCCGACAGAUUCGGUUGCAGUUGUGGGACACAGCAGGGCAGGAGCGGUUUCGUAGCCUCAUCCCAAGUUACAUAAGAGACUCUGCUGCUGCUGUAGUAGUGUACGACAUCACAAGUAGGUGGAUUACAUGUGCAAUCGGAUUUCUGAACAACAAGACACAUUUGUCCCAUUCUGCUUUGUCUUUAAACAGGGCCUGAUCAAAAUCACCUCAAACACACAGUAUAAGCAAUAAUUGUUGCAUAAUGUGAUGCUGGCAGGCGUUUUCCUUUUAAAUGAAAAAAGACCCCACCAUUUUUAACAUUGGUUUAUUAGACUUGGUUAAUCCAUUGGUUGUUGUUGUCUAUGUUCUUGUAGUCUUCCUGUCACAAACUCGCCUGUUUUCACAGCUGAGGCUUCCCCCCCAUGAAUACUGAUGCUCCUCUUCCUGUCUCUUUCCUUGUCUCUCUUUCAGACGUCAAUUCCUUCCAGCAAACCACAAAAUGGAUAGACGAUGUGAGAACAGAGAGAGGAAGUGAUGUCAUUAUCAUGUUGGUGGGGAACAAGACAGACCUUGCAGAUAAGAGGUAAUGUGUCCCUCCCUUUUCUGAGAGCAUACUAAUGAAUCCAUUGAUUUUUGCCGCUGGCGUGUCAAUACUGAGCCCCUCAGUCAUUCCUGAAGCAGGAGAUCAAAGCAAGUUUGAUUGUUAAAGCUACUAUUGACCUUUUCUCUAUUUUUAAAUCCCCUUUCUUUUUGUUUCCUACCCCACUGAUGAAAGACACAGAUGAUUUAGUCCUUAACCAACAAAUGAAUGCCUGUUAUGUUUGAAGUUUGCUAUUAAGUAUCUGCUAUCUGAUCCACCUGUUUAAUUAGGGUUGUGAAAUGUCUUUUGUGUGCAUCUCUUAACUCCCCUUAUCUGCCACAGGCAAGUAUCUAUUGAGGAGGGUGAGCGGAAAGCCAAAGAACUUAAUGUUAUGUUUAUUGAGACUAGUGCUAAAGCGGGCUACAACGUGAAGCAGGUAAGAGUGAGUGUGAGUCGUGCUCCUGGGUCCUGCUGAGGGUGCUGCUACCUGCGCUUCACUUCUAAAAGUCCUCUGAACAGCCAAAAUGAGAGGGGCUGAGUGAAAAUUUCCUUAUGAGUCAUCCUUGCUGCAUUUAGAUCUUCAAAAACAGAUAUUAGAGUCAUUGUUAAUUUUCAUCCCGAGGUAAAUGCCCUGAAGGUCUACUGGAUGUCUUUUAGUCUUGAGCGCAUGUGGCAGCAGCAGCAGGAAGGAGCACGGCUUGAUAAUCCACUUCAAUAUAUUCACAGUCUGUAUUUUUCUCCUUGUGUUUUCUCGUUGUGUGCGUGUCCACUGUGGAUGUUUGUGAAUUUUGUGUGCGGUGGCUGGUGGGUCAUCACAGACAGAUAACCACAGAGGAGGGAGAACAGAGAGCGAAAGAGAUGAAUGUUCUGUUUAUUGAAACAAGUGCAAAGACAGGCUACAAUGUCAAACAGGUAGAGCGUGUGCACCUUGUGUGUUUGUUCAUCCGCACUCAUGAUCUCUUCUGGUUGGCUUAUAUCUCACAAAUGCAUGUGUGCUUUCAACAUCAGCUGUCUCUGUUCUAAAGUAAGGGUGGAUUUGCUUUUCAAGCUCUUCCCCACCUGCUUGUGGUCAUUCUUAUGGUCAACCUUUGAUCAUCAAGACCUUUUUAAAGGUGGUUCUGGGUUUGCAAACCAACACCCCUGCAUCUACUGAAUGAAGUAAUUUUGCUGUAUUUGCAUUGCUGUGAGAUCUACACAAAUAUCAGUCCAGGUGAACACAUACACUGUAUGUAAGAAGUGGGCGUAGCUGUCAGGACCUCAUCCAUAGAGUUGUGGACCAUUGUUUUAAAGCCAGGAGUUACCAUAUUUGCACAACCAGGUGGACGCAUUGUUCUGCCUCUUUUGUUGUUGGCAUAUCACCCUGGCAGCAGCUUCCUAAUCACAAAGUGGCUGAUCUCUGAAGCAUACCCAACUUCAAAAUGUAUACAGGAAAUAUUGAUGAUUGGGGCUAAAAAUUUGUGUGAAAAACGGCUAAUUUUUAAAAAGAUUUCUGCCACAAUAUUUUAAGCGCUAGAGUUGUCCCCAGGUUAAACACACCUGCAUUUAGGCUUUUUUUUGUGAGCCAACGACUUCAGACGCUUCUUUCAUACAGUUUAUGGUCAAUAUGAUGAUGAUAAUUUUGGGGCAGGCAUGUUGAGUAUCAUCAUAAGUUCAACACUUUGCCUUUUUAAUUCUUGUAUUCAUCAAUCCCUCAAAAUUCUCCGAGCUCUCUCAGUGGAAGGUGAAGUCGGUGAAGUAGAUUUCCAGCCUCUCCAGAGCCAGGUCUGCAGGACAGACAUCUGGCCUUUUGAUAACUGAAACUCAUGCUGCUUCAUUUAAAUCAAUUUAGAAAAGCUCUGCUGGGCAUCUUCCUCUGUGUAAGCUUCAAUUGAGCCGUGUGUCAGUCAGAUCAUGUUAUGGGACUAGACACAGCCCACUGACUGGAUUUCAUCUUCUGUUUUUGUCAUGCUCAGAGUGUAAUUUUUUGAUAUAAUACAUCUGUUUCUAUCUCCCUUCAGCUUUUUCGUCGUGUGGCAGCGGCCCUCCCCGGCAUGGAUGCCACACAGGACAAGAGUAGAGAGGACAGUAUCCUUUGUGUUUAUGUCAGUGUCAGCGACCGACAUGAUAGAGGAGAGGCAGGAGGUCUCCUCGCUCUUUUACAGUCUCUGCCAGAAGGAAGAUGUAGUGCAGCUGUGUGACAGCCAGCUAUUGUUAUAAACUAGUGUGUCACCGGAGAUUUAUUUCAACCACUGAGGGUACUUAUUGUGAUCCAGCUCAGUAUUCCUUCAAGAAAUAAUUCACCCAAAACAUUCUUUUAUUCAUAAUAAUCACAAUGGGUUCAGAUUGCAACCCUGUUGUGGUAUUAAGCUGUCAAAUCCAGACAACAAAGCCCAAUAAAGAAAAAUUUUAAGUUAAAUUUACCAAAAAGUAGGAUGAAAAAAAAUGUUUUGUACCGAAACUAAUACAUGAUGAUGAUAAAUCCAGAAAUUCAUGGUAGGGUAUAAUGGCAUAGCAGGAAAAUGAUAAGACUAGCCCACGUUACUGAGCUUUGGUGCUAGAGGUAAACACAUAAUUAGCAUAAAGCAGGACAGUAAGCCUAAAAAUACAAUGUUCAUAUGACUGGGCUGUUUGUGUAUUUAUUUUGUUGUUUCAUAAAUCUGAAUUCUCUUUCAUUUUCUAGUUCUAUACUUUUUGUCUUACAUUAGAAAAACGCUAAAACACUAUUUUACAUGAAUGUAGAAGUUUGCUAUCUCUCAAACUUCUAACACAGCUUGAAGUACAUUGUCUUGUUCUGUGCUGAUCCUUAACUCCUCCACCUUUCAGUGAUUGACAUCAAGCUGGAGAAGCCACCAGAGCUCCCUGUCAGUGAAGGAGGCUGUUCCUGCUAAUCUCAGCACAAGUCAUUGCUUAUAUUAUUCUCCUCCUGGCUGUUUUCCAAACCCGGUCAGGUUUUCUGUAUCAGUCCCUUUUACUACUCCCACCUUUGUUCCCCCUGCCUGAAGAGAACACUACAUCUGUUAUCGUCGCCAUUGUGGAAACCGCUCUCUCAUCAGAAAUGCUCAUUUAUCACAUAAAAUGAAUAUUUGCACUGUAACGCACACAGACCGGUACGUUUAAACAGUAUUCUCAUGUUGAGCUCAUCAUCUUUUCACUGAACUCCAUCAGUUCAGUCUGUCAAUUAAAAAACGAUGUGGUGGAUGCUGAUUGUGUCUUGAGGAUUGCUGUCAGAACCAAACUGAAAGAGAGGAAAUUUAUCCGAUAAAGAGUGAGAACAUUCUUUGAAAAGUUUAACACUGCUUUAAGCUAAAUAUGCGCUAUGUGAGUGUUUUGUACAUUUGUCAGUUAAUGUAAUCUUCUGUUGCAAUUAAUCGGCAAAUGUGUUAUCAGCAACCAGUGAUGUUUUAACUGCCUGGAAUAAGUUGUGAAAAUGGUGGUAGUAAAUCUAAGAGAAUUUGGGCUCUUUCUUUGUUCUUACAUCGCCACAAUGCAGCUGAAGCUGGAUGCCUGGAGCUUGUUUGACACUUGAGUGUUUGCUUUGUGGUCCAGAGCAGAAUAGGGGGUUAUCCAUACGUGAACUAGCAUGAUACGAUAAGUCAGUACAGUGUCACACACAUCACAGCAUGGUCUAAAACGAGCAGAUACACAUGACACACUCUUAACACUAUCACAUCACCCUUCACAUUACCGUCCUCCCCUCCUCUCCUACCACACUUGUCCCUUGAGAUAGGUUAUUUUUACCUUGGCUUCCAUUUUCUAUUACCUUUUUGUUUUGGUUAGAUGUUAGAUUUUUUUUAAGACUACAGCUAUCAUAGAUCUAAAACUUUUCCAUCAUCAUAGCGUUUGAGGAGAAUUUGAAUCAUAAUCAAAAAACCCAGCACAAAUGAUAGGUAUGGAGAUAUAUAUGCCUUUUGGAGUUGAAAUGUAGAGGGCUUCCGUGGGUUUAUCUAGUUAACUUUGGUAUGACGUUUUACAAACACUUUAAAGAUUUCUUUGGCUUGUUUAAUUUUUAUUUUUGCCUCUGAUUCUUUGUUAGUAAUGAUUCUUGAUGUGUAUUUAAUCCACAAUGACUUGUAAUAUUUAUUUCCGUUGGAUUUGUUUCUUUUUUAUGGCUGUUAAUAUCUUCUCAUGGUAUGAGUCCUGAAUCUCAAAUAAAUAUGCAUCCAUCUGUACCACCUUUAACAGAAUCAUCUGGAGAGCAUCUGUUUUGCCCUCUACCACCGAUAAAUGGAAAAAUGAUCAUACAUAUAUACAGUGCAAUUUUUGUGUGAACUUAUGGAAGAGUGUCUGAUUUGUAUAGCAUAGUAGUCCUUAACGUUUCUGUCUGGAAUGAUUUUAAAUGAGAAAAUAAAAAUACACUUGUCACGACAG